GAGCGGAGACCGAAGGAGUCGAUGUUGGAAAAAAGUUUUAGAAGUGCGUGUCUGUCUGUGUGUAUGUGUGCUGUGUGUGAGUGUGUGUGAGUGUGUGUGUGUGUGUGAGUUUGGAGAGCUGAGCGCUGACGCCGGCAGUCUGGGCCACUUGGCCAGCGCAAAGGAAAAAGGAAAACUGCUUCACCGCUGCGGAGGGGGGUGAAUCGAAACUUUUUGGGCAAAUUCUCCCGUUCAUUUUGAAACAACAAGGAAAAGGCAAAGCAGCGGGGACUGUCGCCUUAUAGUCUUUCACAGCAGUCGAGUCACUGUGUCGGGCUGUGCGUUUUGGAGCCUGCCUCUUUUGUGGUCCCGAUUUCUCAGCUUUCACGAAAGAAUGUGUUUUUGUCUCCGAGGACUUCAGAUGGAGUAGGGCAGUUCAGUGAAUUUCUCCAUGAAUGUACGUCACAAUGAUGAUGACAGACCAGAUUCCACUGGACUUGGCUCCGCCCCCCCUCCUGAACGGGGAGGUCCCUCUCAUGCCUCACAUGGUUAACGGUGAUGCGGCACAACAGGUGAUCCUGGUGCAGGUGAACCCGGGGGAGACAUUCACCAUCCGGGCAGAGGACGGCUCACUGCAAUGCAUCCAGGGUCCUGCUGAGGUUCCCAUGAUGUCCCCAAAUGGGUCAAUCCCCCCCAUCCACGUCCCCCCGGGAUACAUCUCACAGGUGCUGGAGGAUACCACAGGGGUCCGCCGGGUGGUGGUGACCCCCCAGUCUCCAGAGUGUUACCCUCCCUCCUACUCUCCAGCCCUGUCCCCCACACACCACCUGCCCCCCUACCUGGCUCACCCUCACUUCAUCCCCAACUCUCACUCUUUCUACCCCCCUGUCAGCCCAGGAGAGCUGCCCCCCCACCAGUACUACCAGCACCACCUUCCCCCGAUGUAUGGCGAUCCAGAAAUCAUCCCAGUUUAUGGGAUGUCUAACUACAUAGGCAGAGAGGAGACGUACAGUAAGCCACAGCCCAAAAAGAUAAAAGAACAGAGACAAUUAGAGCGACAGAAUCGACUCAACUCCCCUCCCUCCACUCUCUAUAAGGGCAGCCUGGGGCCAGCACACAACGGAUACAGCAACAAAUCACACGCCCCACUGCUCGGGUCAGUGGGGUCAGGGGGAGGAGUCGGCAGCCCGGGAGGGAAGAAGCCAGAGAGACGACUCCGCAGCAGUCCACGAAACAGCGAACCGGAGACACACACACAAGAUCAUGACUCAGAGGGGAAGCGUGUUCAAGACAUGCUGUCUACAAUCGACAAACCACAGGUGUCCAAUGUGCAGGCGCGCGCUGCACGGCUGUCCUGGGCCCCCCCGGCAGGGCUGGUGAACAGGCAUAGUAACGGGAUGCCUGUGUCCUGCUCCUAUGAGGUCUCUCUCUCAGAUAAGGGACGAGAUGGAAAGUAUCGCCUCAUAUACAGUGGCGAAGAAUUGGAGUACCAUCUGAAAGACCUAAGGCCAGCGACGGAUUACCACGUACGGGUCUCAGCAAUGUACAACUCUGUUCGAGGCUCGUGUUCAGAGGCCGGCUCGUUCACCACACACUGCAGCGUCCCAGACGUCCCGUUACCCCCGAAACUCUCCCACCGCACCAAGAGCACCCUUACCCUACAGUGGAAGCCCCCGGGUGACAAUGGAUCCAAAAUCACAAACUACCUGCUCGAGUGGGAUGAGGGAAAGAAGAACAGUGUUUUCAGAGAAUGUUACUUUGGGAGCCAGAGACACUGUAAGCUGACACGACUGUUUCCCGCCUGUGGCUACACGUUCAGAGUGGCUGCGCACAACGACAUCGGCACAAGUGGCUUCAGCACAGAGGUGGUGUUUUACACCAUGGGCACCCUGCCUGCUCUGCCUCUGGCACCGCGGCUGGUCAGGGCAGGGGUGUCCUGGGUGACCCUGGAGUGGGGACGUCCUGAGGGCAGUCCCAGCGAGGAGCAGCUCAAAUACACACUCGAGAUCCAGGAGGACAACAGCGGAACAGACUUUCAUCCAAAGUACACUGGAGAAAACUUGACCUGUACUGUACAAGGCCUGAAGAGGAGUACACAGUAUAAAUUCAGGCUCAUAGCGUCGAACAUGGAGGGAAAGAGCAGUCCCAGCGAAGUGUUGGUGUGCACCACCAAUCCAGACAAACCAGGCCCUCCAUCUACACCCUGUGUCACCGCGGCAACGCCCUACGGAUUCACCGUCACAUGGGAUCCUCCACAGGACAACGGGGGCUCAGAGGCUCUUACAUACCUGCUAGAGAUCUCUGAGGGGUGCUCCGAAGCGAGCCAGUGGGAGGUAGCGUACAGUGGUCCAGCAACAGAAUGCAUGUGUGAGCGCCUGACACCUGGCACCUUCUACCGCCUACGUGUGUGCAGCAUCACCACCGGAGGACACAGCCCGUGCACUGUCAGUGUUCCGGUUCGUACAUUAAGCGUUCCGCCAGGGCCCUGCCAGCCGCCAAGGAUUGUGGGUAAAGCCAAACACAAGGAAGUGCAGUUAGAAUGGGACUCCCCUGUCUCUGAGGGAGUGUGUGAGGAGUGUGUGUUCAGUCUGGAGAUGAGCGAGGGGGACGCCAAGCCGACAGAGGUGUACCACGGGUCGGAGUUGCAGUGCACCGUCGGCAGUCUGCUACCUGGUGCCACGUACAGCUUCCGACUGCGGGCUGCCAACGAGGCAGGGUUGGGAGUGUACUCUGACCCGACAGAGGUGACGACUGCAGCGGGUCCUCCCGGCCAGUGCGGGGCGCCACUCAUCACUCUCACCAGCAACACCUGCGUAUCGCUCAACUGGGAGAGUCCUGAGGGUUCGGGUACAGACAUCUCUGAAUAUCGCUUGGAGUGGGCGAGGGAAGACGAACCCAUGGAGCUCAUCUACUGUGGAUCUGCCACACAGUGUGAGCUGUCAGACCUGACGCCUGCCACAGACUACUGCUGCAGGCUACAGGCGGUGAAUCAGGCGGGUGCCGGUCCUUACAGUGAGCAGGUGAGUUUCAGGACCCCGGCGACAAAUCCCGACCAGGUCUCGUCCCUCGCCCUCCUGGACCUCCCGACCUCCUCGGAGUCGGGUCACUCCCCGUCUACCUGCCUCUUCCUGAAAUGGGACGAGCCGAACAGCAACGGGGCGGAGAUCUCCUCCUACGUCAUCACCCUGGACGACCAAACCAUCACUGUGGAAUCAGGCACAAGUCACCUUGUCACGGACCUGAAGCCAGACACCGAAUACAGUGUGCAGAUCCAGGCGGUGAAUGCCAUCGGCUCCAGUCCCACGAGUCCACCCCUGCAGGCGAGGACACGUCCCCUCCCUCCAGCCCCGCCCCCCCUCGAAUGCUCGGCGGCCGGCCCUCAGAGCCUGAAGCUGAAGUGGGGCGAAAACGCCAGCCACACGCGCUCCCUGAUCGCCGACGACAUGGUCUACACACUACAGAUGGAGGACAAGAACCACAGGUUCGUGACGAUCUACCGCGGUCCCAGCCACACCUACAAGGUCCAGCGAUUGACUGAGUCCAGCAGCUACAGUUUCAGAAUACAGGCCAUUAGUGAUGCUGGGGAGGGCCCGUUCUCUGACACGCACACUUUCUGCACCACCAAGUCUGUACCCCCUGCCCUCAAAGCUCCCAGAGUGCACCAGCUGGAGGGCAACAUGUGUGAGAUCACAUGGGAGACUAUCCCGCCAAUGAGAGGGGAUCCUGUGAGCUACGUGCUCCAGGUGCUGGUGGGACGCGAGUCAGAGUACAAACAGGUUUUUAAGGGAGAGGAGGGCGCGUUCCAAAUCUCUGGUCUCCAGGGCAACACAGACUAUCGUUUCCGUGUGGGCGCCUGCCGCCGUUGCCAGGAUACGUGCCAGGAACUGUGCGGACCACUGAGCCCCUCCUCCUUGUUCACGCUGCGUCGCCAGGAAACGGCGUCUUCAGGAGAGGUGUGCGCCGUGGAAACGGGCAAAGGCUCGGGCCUGAUCUCAAGCGACGAGCGCUUCGCGGCGCUGAUCGUGUGCGUGUUCGCGGGCUUCUCCAUCCUCAUCGCCUGCUUGCUACAGUACUUCUUCAUGAAGUGAGGGAAUUUUAACUAUCGGAUAGAAAGAGAAAGCUAAAUCACAGAGAAACUUUAAAAGAAAACGUCUAUGAAAGAACCGAAUGAAAUCAAAACAAACUCUUGAGAUGUACUUCUAAGGCUAUGUAUGUUUUUUCUUUUUUUUUUUUUUCUUUUUUAGUCAAAGUAUCGAUUCAGGCUUUCCACACCUUGUUCCUGUUGUCUUCUGCCUUCACUCGGUUUUGGUCUCAUUUCUCUCUAUGUCUCUGUUAUUGUAUCAGUGUCUGUUUCGUUUGUUAAGGAUUUCUGUCGAGGGAAGCCUUGGCUGUACCUCGGUUGGGAAAAAAAACUGAUAAUCAAGCCUUAAAAUAGCUGUGAGCAAAGCAGUUGCUCCUCAGACUGACUUGCAUGUUUUUAUUUUGUAUCUUUUUAAAACAUAUUCGAUUAGAGAACGUGUAUAUUUCUUGACAGUCAUUGCCUUACAAUUUUUGUUUUUCAAUGUUUAAUUUGCAUUUUUGUUUUUUGUUUUUGCUGCAGUCUUUAUUCGUUCAGCCAUAUUCCAAUGUAGGCCUUCAAAAGCUUUAGCCGUUCAUACCUUAUUAUUCAGUUUGUUACUACUCUACAGGCUGUCAGUCGAUUCAUGCACCUGCUCUCACAUACAGACUGACAGAUACACAACGCACACACACCUGUGCAGACCUAUGUACAUAUACAUGCACACAUGUACAAUUACACUCAAGCAAUGACAAUGAGAAACACACAUUUCCUCCUAAGAAGGCAAUCGCAUAUCUGCUCAGCUUUUAACAUUCAAUCACUCACUCAUUCAGCUACCAAAGUGAUGCAAUCCAUGUGUGGUGUAAGAUGCUGCUAUCCUGUGAUUUUAUUAUAUCUAAGAAAGAAUGGAAAACCAGUAAUCUAAUAUAUAUACACACAAUAUAUAUAUUAUAACAAAUAUCUAUGAUGCUAUAGAAGUGAUGUAAUAUAAGUGAUGGCAAUGUAAGGUCUGAAGUACAGUGUAAAAGGGGAGGAGUUUACUCUAGGUGCUCACAACAGCAGCUCUGAGGUCAGUUCAGUAGCUUGUGCGAACGUUUGAAGGAGCCCUUAAACGCUGGUCUUGGAUCAGAAUAUGAACCCCUGUAGGUAUUCAAAUGUUGGGCGUAAACUGGCUUUAGCAUUCUAGGAAGCUGGGCUUGGAUCGUGAUUGGCUGCAACUUUACCAGGAAAGGGCUCGGGGGCUGAGCAUCGUGAAUGCCCCCCACCCCACCCCUAGGUCAGUCCUUCCAUAUUCUACCAUCUCAAAUACCAUUUCGCCGACCUAUUUAUCUGUAGCUUUAGCAGCGAUACGCCCGUAGCAUCGCAAACCCAGAGGUGCUAACAGCCUGCCAGCUAGCCACCCUUCUCAGAGCUGUGUAUGUGCGAGAUAACCAGGAAAGCCAUUAGGAGUUAGCUUGAGCUUUAGCCCCUUGAAUUUUAGCCAGCUGCCGGCCAGAGCAGUGCUGAAGCUGUAGUUUCUCCUUCCAGCUAGUCUGUGAAUCGAUACAUUUGAAGACUCGUCUCCUCUUCUCUCCUGCCGAUAAUUAUCUGUAAUUACCAUUUUGCUCUGGCUGCUCCUCUGUUGCUUUCGAUCCAUCCCAUCUUUCUGCUCAUGCACUACUCUCCCUCCUUCUCUCUCUCUCUCUCUCUCUCUCUCUCUCUCUCUCUCUUUUAAACGGUGCUUUAUUGACAUGUAAUCAGAGCAGUAGCAAGUCUGUGGUCUCUCCUCAGACGGACAUGUUCUCUGGGGACAUGAACUAAUGUUCACUAACCAAACAAGCCUUUGACUGAACACAGCUCAACAGAACAGGGCAUUCUGACACACGUAACACCCCUGACCUCCCCUCCCCCCUCCAACAUUGACUCCCACCCUCCUUUUUUUUUAAACCCCCAACCUGAAAAACAAAGCCAAGGUACAGCCCAAUACAAACCCUGAUGAUCCAAAGAAGUCACCCUGACCUGCAUGAUUAACAUGCAACAUGUCCACUUUUUGUUGGGUGGGUUGUGGGUGUGGG